UCUGCACCAAUAAUUAGCAACUCAGCCAACGAAUUCCAUAUGAUCGCUUCUCCCAACUUCUCCCUCCCACGCCCCCACUUCCUCGGCCGCCGGAACGCCGUCCCUCGCCCCUCCCCUCCUCCUACUCGUCUCCCGCUACGAUCUCCGACGAUCGCUGCCGCCUCCGCGCCGCAAAGGGCUUCCACCGCCCACCCACCGCCGAUUUCUCUCUACGACGUCCUCGGCUUGGAGGAGAAAGCCAAUAUCCGAGAAAUCAAGGCCGCGUACCGGAUCCUGGCUCGCACGUGCCACCCUGAUGUGCGCUCUGGCGCGUCGGCCGACGAGUUCAUGAUUAUCCACGCGGCGUACUCGACGCUUUCGGAUCCAACGAAGCGGGCCGAAUACGAUCGCGAGCUCAUCGCUCUGCGCCGGCUCCCGCCGCGGAGCUAUCGUUUCUCCGGUCGCGCACCUCGUCGCACCUGGGAGACGGAUCAGUGUUGGUAGAAAGCGGACGAUACAUUUUGACCGGUUUUACAUCCGUCCGUUGCGUAAGCGAUCCGAUGGAUCUGAACCUGUAACGAUCUAUUCUGCGUCGUUUCGCAGCCGUAAGAAAUUUCUCUUCUAUGGUCCGAUAGCUUUGAUGCUUCAGUAUUCCUCGCCUCUCUCUUUCUCCAUCUCUCGCUGGCUGAGUACGAUUGCUUGCCGUCCUUCUCUUGCAUCUGAUCCCCGCCAGGUUAAUUUCGUUUCUGUUGGCGGAGGAUUAUGAUGGGACAUCAAGCUGGAUUCGUAGCCGUCCGAUGCGUAACGGACGGAGGGAUUUGGUUCUGUUGUGCCCUAAGCUGCGUAUCAUCGUUGCCGUCAGAAGACAUUUGUUACGAACUUUUUGCGUUGCGAUUGUAAAUUACAAUCUUCGACUCUUCGUAAUCCCAAUCUGUUGUAACAUUUUAACAACUUCUCCAUAAUUUUUUUUUAUAAUAAUGGAACACGCGAAGACUAAUCUUAAGUUGCUGCUGUUGCUGAGCAUUUGAAA